UUUCACUGAGCUGAAAUCAAAGAAAUCCUACAGCCAGAAAUAACUUUAACAGGUUUUCAUGAAGAUUAAAUCAUCAUUUGCAGUUUGUGAUCAAAUACAAAUCAACUUGUUUUUCUUUAACUUCAUCAUUCUGAAGUUCACUCCAAUGACCAGAACCAACAGCAACACCAGCGUCAGUAACACUGCAGGAGUUACAGUGAAAGAGGUCCGGCUGGUCCAAAUGUGUCCGAACAUUCAUUCAGAAAAUGUUUUGAAUUCAAACUGUUUUAGUUUUCUGGAGGAAAUAAUCUGAAUUGGUCCCAUCCCUUUUUAUUUUAUCAGUAAUUAUUUAUCAUAUGCAACAAGGCUGCCAGGGUUCUGCAGAACGCGGGUCAAUUUAAGGAACUUUAGAUCAUUUUACAUCUUCACAAAACAAUGAACAGAUUAUUGAUUAAAAUCAUGAAGUUUCAGUUUGUUCACUCUGAAACAGACAGAAAUAUUAUAGUGAAGUUAAACAUCAUAUAAAAGUGAAUGUUGACAGAAUUCUGUCAGAUGUGUUCAUUUGAAAUAUCUGGUGGCUGCCAAGGCUCGGUUCUGGUCCAGCUGCCUGCUUCUGCAUCAGAUCCACAGAAUCUAAAAGUUCUCCAUCAAUGACUUUAUUUAUUUAUUUGUUUAUUCAUUUAUUUAUUUAUUUCAGCCUCAGCUCUCAGCAGAUGACUGACAGCUGCUGAUAUUAAUAAUUCACUCUGACUGAACACAGUCGCCUCCUUGUUGUCGCUGAUCACCAUCACGUCCCGGUUCUGCUGCUGAUCUCGGAGCAGCGGUCGGUCCGUCCGGCCCGGCGGCACGCCGCCGCAGCACUGACCGGAGGUCUGCUCCUCCGUGUCGUCACUGAGCCCGCCCACAGGGAGGUUAACUCACUCUGGCUUCCACCUCCGGUGUCGAGGGGCCGCCAUUUUUAUACGAGAUAAAACACAAAAAUAACUAUUUUAAAAAUCCUUCCCGGCAGGUGAACACCUGUCAGACUCUAUAUCACGUCAGGACACGAACACUCGCGGGAAUCUACGGGAGAGGACGAUGUCGUUGGUGGACCUGGGGAAGCGUCUGCUGGAGGCGGCUCGGAAAGGUCAAGACGAUGAGGUCAGGAACCUGAUGGCCAACGGAGCGCCGUUCACCACCGACUGGCUGGGGACGUCUCCGCUCCACCUGGCCGCUCAGCACGGUCAUUACUCGACAGCCGACGUCCUGCUGAGAGCCGGCGUCAGCAGAGACGCCCGCACCAAAGUGGACAGAACCCCGCUGCACAUGGCUGCUGCCGAGGGACACACAGUCAUCGUGGAGCUGCUGGUCCGGAGCGGCGCCGACAUCAACGCCAAAGACAUGCUGAAGAUGACGGCUCUUCACUGGGCGGCGCAGCACGGUCAUCACGGCGUGGCCGAGACCCUCAUCAAACACGGAGCCGACGUGCACGCGCUCAGUAAGUUUGACAAGACGCCGUUCGACAUUGCCGUCGACAUCCAGAAUACGGAGCUGAUGCUGCUGCUGCAGGAGGGCAUGCAGAACCAGGUCAAUAUGAACCAAGUCAAUAUGAACCAGGUGAACAUGAACCAGGUGAGUAUGAAUGUGGAAACCAGCACCACCACCAGCCAGCCACAGUUCAUCAUCCAGGGAAUACCUGCCAUCCAGGGGGGCGUGGUCAACCUGGCCGAGCUGCUCAACAAGGCCAACGCAGGUGACUCGGAAGAAGCGAUGGCCGCAAGCGCUCUGGACUCCAACAUCCAGCACGCCGCCGUCGUCAAUGAAGGGGGUCAGAGGGUCAUCACCAUAGUGACCGACCAGCACGGCAACCUGCAGACCACAGGAGGGAUGGCGCCACCAUUCUUCGUCACCAUGCAGCACGGACAGCAGAUGUUGGCGGUGCCGGCCAACACGGUGACAGAGGAGGUGGUGACGGAGGAGACUCAGCCUCCACCCUCCAGGAAGAGGAAACUGGAGGUGACCAACAAUCACAAUGAUGGAGGAGAGACGGAGUUGUUGCAGAGGCAGCUGCUGGAGGCCAACAGGAAGGCGCAGGAGUACCGGCAGCAGCUGCUGCGUAAGGAGCAGGAGGCCGAGGAGUACCGCAUUAAACUGGAAGCCAUGUCCCAAAGUCAGGCCAACAGCACCAACGCCAACACCGCCGCAAUCAGCGCCGCCGCCGCCAAUGCUGCCAGCCCUGAGGAGGUGGUGGGAGGGGAGGAGGAUGAGGAGGAGGCAGCAGCCAGCAUGGUGGAGGAGGAGGGAGAGAUGGUGGUGCUGCAGGAGGGAGGGAUCAUCAUGGAGGGGGAGGAGGGUCAGGUGACGCUGGUGGAGACGGGAGGAGAGACGACGGAGGUCAGCUCCUAACAGAGGUGGGGGAGGAGAGGUGAGGAGGGCCGACACACUGAUGGAAAGACGGAUCAGAACCGGAGGUAGAUGGAUGGACUCGCGCUAAUUUGCAUCCCUUUGAACAGGUGGCCAGUGUGUGACGGAGGGGGAGGGGGUGAGUCAUGGUGGAUGGUUUGAAGUGUGCGCCAUUUUGAAUCCCUGAAAGACACCAGAGUGGAGAAACAAAAUGGUCUCCCAGGAACAGUGAGGGGAGAACAAAGAUCGACAACAGACAUGAGGGUCAUGCACCAUUUUGAAUCCCUGAAUGAUUAAAUACCAACAGUCCCCAAAAGAUUUGUUGAUAACAUGUCAGAGAGGAGGAACAAAAUGGCUUCCCCAGAAAGAUCAUUUGGAGAAAGAUGGACUGAUUAAACAAACAUGAUGGACGAGUUAAUUCUUGCAUCAUUUUGAGUCCUCAGAAGAUUUGAUUCUAAUAUGACAGAGAGGGAAACAAAAUGGCUUCUCAAAAAAAAACAACAACUAAGAGAAGACAGAGAUAGAAAACAGACUAAACAAACAUGGCAGGGUUUAACUGGGCACCAUUUAGAGUUCCCCCAUGUUCUAUACCUGAAUGCUUACUUAAGUGGGAUGCAAAAUGGAAUGACUCUGGAUGAGAGGAUUGAAGAGAUGGAGACCAGCUGAGGGAGAAGAAACCAACAGCAGAGAAGAAACCGAAAAAACAAACUCAGGAGGAGGCGGGACUUUUUACCCGAAGGCAUAUUUACUUUUUUUGUUGUAAACACAAUCAGCGAUCCCAAAUCAGAAUACUGAGACGGUCCUCCCCGUGUGCAGCCACGUCUGCUCCCUGAACAUCGCUUCAACACACCAUUUUGCUUCCCAGUUUGACUCAGAGUGCUUAUAAAGACAACGUCACUGAACCUGAGGAUGCAGCAGGAGUCAAGAGUCUUAGUUGGUCUGUUUAACAUUUUCCUCCUUGAUGUUAGAACGCCGAUGGUUAUCCCCAGUGCGCCAUUUAUAUCCUUUUGUUUCUGUUUUGUUCAUUUGUUUUGUCAGUGGGUUGUUUUUAUCUGGUGAGUCUAUGAACCAACCAGCUGUUCCUCUGAUGCCUUCAGAACUCCAUGUUCUGAUCAACUGGGAUCAUUUUCACCUUUUUGAAAUAAUUACCCAACUCUUGCUGCAGCUGGCACCAUUUUGCUUCCACAAAAUAAGGCCUCCACCGGGAGCUGUGAAAGAAAAAGCCUCUUUGUCAGGAUUGUUUGGACACUACGGUAACUCAUUCUGAACUGCUUUCCUACUUCUUUCACUUAGUUUUUUGUUUCUAACUAGUUUUGUUACUUUUCUGAUGUUUGAGGAUGAAACGUUUGUUCAGAACGAGUUCACACUCGUUUAACAAAUUAAUCUUAAACCAAGCGAGCAAAAGGAAUAAUGUUAGGAUGUCAGCUGGUGUCACUGCUCAACACGCCCAUAAAUGUUUGAGUUUAGAAAAGGCUGUGAUUUCUGACAGGUCCCGAACCAGGACCUGAACCAGGAACUGAACCAGGAACUGAACCAGGAACUGAACCAGGACCUGAACCAGGUCCAUCAUGGAAACCUUUAAUGGUGAUUAUUAUUGAAAACUAGGUUUGUUCUCCAUCAUCAGGCUGUUUAAGGCUUGUUGGGUCGAACAGAACUUACUGAUUAGUCUUGAAAUGUUCUUCAGAUUUCUGUCAGCUGAGUUUUAAAAACUUUUUCAUAAUCAACUUAUCGAUUAUCAGAUUUAUUGACACUUAGAAACUCUUUCCAGGGAUUGAAUGUCAUCAGCUGUGGUGUGAAUUCUAAAUUCACUUGAACGUUCUGAUCUCUUUCAGCCAUGUCGUUUUACAUUCCUGUCGAGUCUGAGUGCGUUCUGAUAUCUUUAACUGAUGAACAGCUACUCGCUCUCAUUUAGAUCCAGACGUCUGUGCGUGCAGAUGUUCUGUUCAGAGCAGUCACAACUUUUUCAACUCAAUUUUUUAGUGUCUGAAUCUCACACACUUGUCAUGUGGUCGUGUUGCGUGAAUAUUUGAAGUAUUACGACCGUCAGCUCUUGAUUUGCUCUCGCAGCUUCAGUCCAAAUUGUUUUCCAACAUGACGACAACUGAACUUUUCAAACUCAACAGUUUCUUUUGCAUCAAUAUGUGACUUUAAACAUUUGGUCAUCAUUAAUGAGUCCAGAGGUCGUUGCGGAGGAAUUGCAGCUGAAGUCUGUUGGAUGUUUUAUAGGAACAGGAUAAAUUUGUAGUUCAGAUGAAACGCAUGGAGUCCUGGUUCGGUUUCCUGUCCUGGGACAGCAGUUACUGAUUACUACCUGUCAGCUGAUAGACUCACCUGUCUGCCCUCUGAUCAGUGAUUCUGUGUCAUUUGAGUUGAGUAUGAUAGUUAUUUUUAUAAGCUCAGCGAAGCCUACCUUUUUCUAUGUACAUAUAAAGUUGUAUUUUUUUAACUGUACCUGAAUGCUUCACCAUGAUGAUGAUGAUGAUGAUGAUGAUGAUGAUGAUGAUGGCUGCCUGCAUUGGUAAAUCUGAAAUAUAAACACUUGUUUUUUUUAAUAAGAACUUCUUUGUUUUGUUUUUUAAUGCUUUCACACAGUGACACCUGAACUCACCAUGAGGCAUUUAGGUGUUGAACUGACUCUGUUCUGCUUCAGCGUGACAGUUUAACUUGUGUGUUUUCAGACAGUUGAUCCAAAUCGAUCCAUCAGGAAUGGAAUACAACAAACAAAUUUAUUCUUUAAGUGGGUUUUUGUCAUCUGUUUCUCUUUACAAACAUUUAGAAGUCCAUUAAUGUGACAGAGGAAAAGCAAAAUUCAACAAUCCGGAAAUUCUUUAAUGUAAAUAAAUCAUAAAAACAG